UUGUGCAAGAUUCUGUUGUCAGAUGGCACGCUGAGCGUUGUGUAAUCGUAUGUCAAAGACUGUCCUAUCAACGUCGUAUGUGGGAGACUGCAUUGCGGGUUGCCUUGAAUUCAUCAUCACUGCAGCGUGUCCAAACAAAAUGUUCACUCAGUCACUUGGAUAGUGGAUGGACGCAGAGAAGGAUAGUUAUAACCUCCAAGAAUACGCUUAAAAAUACACGUGUCUGCUGCCUCCAUGAUCAGGGCGAUGAAUAAGCCGCUUACGAAGAAUCUAUCUACAAUUCGGAGGUGUGGAUUCAUUCAUCGGUCGUGGAUCCGUACAGUGGCGCUGGGACUGUCUUUUUUUCAUACUUCUUAGCUUUUUCCGCGUCGGUAUCAUUCUACACGCACACCUGCUCCAUAUUUGCUCCUGUAUCAUCUGGGAGAAUGACAAUGGACCCGUAUUUCUACAUCGACAUAGUCUCGCCCCCAUCGCGUCAAUAACAGGUUCUCACGGAUUCAGACGACAAGAUUUUGAGGGAAUGAACAGCUACCAAAUCAGCGUAUUAAACGUUACAACCGAGUGAUGUGGUGACAUCGGCAAAAGAUCUCGACUGACGAUCUGUAAUUCCUGUCGGUCUGUCGCACCUGCACGUCUGCCGUCACUGUCUUAACCACGAUGCUGAGUGUCUGCAUCGCUCGAUCCUCCCGGGGGGCUGGCUUCCCUUCGCAGCAUCACAGAUUCUUCGUGUGGUCCAUAUCAAGACGGAAUUACACCACCGACGUAGAAUAUCGUCCAAUUCGAAGUGUUCUUGUUGCAAACAGAGGCGAGAUUGCUAUAAGAGUAUUCCGUGCAUGUACGGAGCUGGGAAUACGUUCUGUAGCGAUCUAUUCAGAACAAGAUAAGAUGCAUAUGCACCGACAAAAGGCAGAUGAAUCAUAUCUUGUUGGCAAGGGUCUACCCCCCGUGCAGGCAUAUCUUAACAUUCCCGAAGUCAUUCGAAUAGCCAAGGAGAAUAAUGUCGAUGCUGUUCACCCUGGCUAUGGGUUCUUAUCAGAACGUUCAGAUUUUGCUCAGGCUUGUAUUGAUGCUGGUUUACGAUUUAUUGGUCCGUCUCCAAAAGUUGUUCAGCAGAUGGGAGACAAAGUUGCUGCCCGUCAGGCAGCCAUUGAUGCAGGUGUUGCUGUUGUACCUGGUACCCCUGGCCCCGUAACUACACCAGAAGAGGCCAUGGAGUUCUGUCUUAAGCACGGUCUUCCUGUUAUAUUUAAAGCCGCCUUCGGAGGAGGUGGUCGUGGUAUGAGAGUAGUUCGAAAGAUGGAGGAAGUACAAGAAAUGUUUGAGCGAGCAAGUUCAGAGGCAAAAGCUGCUUUUGGAAAUGGGGCAAUGUUCAUCGAAAAAUUCAUAGAACGACCUCGUCACAUCGAGGUCCAACUCAUGGGAGACAAAGCCGGCAAUGUCGUCCAUCUGUACGAGAGAGACUGUUCGGUUCAGAGGAGGCAUCAGAAAGUUGUAGAAAUUGCUCCAGCACCCAAGUUAGAUGUUAAGGUACGAGAUCGAAUCACAGGGCAGGCCGUGAACUUAGCCAGACACGUUGGCUAUGAGAAUGCAGGCACAGUGGAAUUCCUAUCGGAUGAAUCCGGAAACUUUUAUUUUAUUGAAGUGAACGCUAGGCUGCAGGUGGAACAUACCGUCACUGAAGAAAUAACCGGAAUUGAUUUAGUACAAACACAAAUCAGAGUGGCAGAAGGCAUGACACUUCCUGAAAUGGGGUUGACACAAGAUAAGAUUAACCCCCAGGGUUAUGCAAUACAGUGUCGAGUUACGACAGAGGACCCGGCCAAGAACUUCCAACCUGAUACCGGAAGAAUAGAGGUGUUCCGUAGCGGCGAAGGGAUGGGUAUUCGUCUUGACGGGGCAUCGGCAUUUGCUGGUGCCAUUAUAUCCCCAUAUUACGAUUCCCUCCUAGUCAAAGUAAUUGCUCACGCUGGAGACUUGCAAGCCUCAGCUGCCAAGAUGAACCGCGCUCUUAGGGAGUUUCGAGUCCGAGGAGUUAAGACAAACAUUCCGUUCUUGUUAAAUGUGCUGGAGAAUCAGAAAUUCCUUAGUGGCACCCUAGACACGUACUUUAUCGAUGAGCAUCCACAACUCUUCCAUUUACCUCAGUCACUCAACAGAGCACAGAAGUUAUUAAACUACAUUGGAACAGUCUUGGUGAAUGGACCAUCCACGCCUCUUGCCACGAAGCUGAAGCCUGCUGAAAUUAAUCCACAUGUUCCUGAAAUACCUAUAGAUUAUUCAGCCCGAGGAGCUAGUUCUGAAAGUGACUCUGAUGGAGAUGUACCAGGCCCUGAACCACCGCAGGGGUUCCGUCACAUUCUGAAGGCUCAAGGUCCAGAAGGAUUUGCUAAGACUAUACGAAACCACAAGGGUCUACUGCUGAUGGACACGACAUUCCGCGAUGCUCACCAGUCACUUCUAGCGACCCGCAUUCGUUCACACGAUCUCUUGCGAAUCUCUCCUUACGUUGCCCAUAAUUUCAACCAGCUCUACUCUAUGGAAAAUUGGGGAGGUGCAACUUUUGACGUUGCACUUCGAUUUCUCCACGAGUGCCCUUGGGAAAGGCUAGAAGACAUGCGUAAGCAGAUACCCAACAUUCCAUUCCAAAUGUUGUUGCGAGGAGCGAAUGCAGUCGGCUACACAAAUUAUCCCGACAAUGUUGUCUUCAAGUUUUGUGAGCUAUCUGUGCAGGUGGGAAUGGACAUCUUUAGAGUAUUCGAUGCGCUCAACUAUCUUCCAAACCUAGUUCUUGGUAUGGAAGCAGCUGGUAAGGCGGGGGGGGAGGCUGCCAUAUCCUAUACGGGUGAUGUUUCUGACCCCACGCGCAAGAAAUACGACCUUAAGUACUACAUUAAUCUGGCGGAUGAGCUCGUUAAAGCCGGCACUCACAUUCUGUGUAUAAAGGAUAUGGCUGGACUGCUGAAACCAGCUGCUGCAAGACUUUUGAUUACGGCACUGAGAGACAAACAUCCAGAUGUUCCGAUACACAUCCAUACCCACGACACCGCCGGAGCUGGUGUGGCUUCUAUGCUAGCUUGUGCAGAGGCAGGAGCAGAUGUCGUUGAUGUAGCAGUAGACUCAAUGUCUGGCAUGACGUCACAACCCAGUAUGGGCGCAAUUGUAGCGUCCCUGCAGGGAAGCAAACUGGAUACAGGCUUGAAUUUGAACAACGUAAGUGAGUACUCUGCUUACUGGGAGCAGACUCGCACUCUUUAUGCACCAUUCGAGUGCACAACCACAAUGAAGUCUGGUAAUGCUGAUGUGUACUUGAGUGAGAUCCCUGGAGGACAGUACACGAAUCUUCAGUUCCAAGCUUAUUCCCUUGGUCUUGAAGAGUUCUUUGAAGAUGUUAAGAAAGCUUACAGGGAAGCUAAUAUUCUUCUCGGUGAUAUAAUAAAGGUGACUCCAUCAUCAAAGGUAGUGGGUGAUCUGGCACAAUUUAUGGUGCAAAAUAAGUUGAGCGCGGAUGAUGUCCUAAGCGAUGCCGAAGAACUGAGUUUCCCCAAGUCAGUCGUUGAGUUUCUCCAAGGUUCCAUAGGUGAGCCUUACCAGGGUUUUCCUGAACCGUUCAGGUCAAAGGUGCUAAAAGACAUGCCGCGGGUGUCGGGACGACCAGGUGCGAGUUUACCGCUGUUGGACUUUGACAAACUCAAAGCAGAGCUCAAAGAAAAGCACCCGUACUCAACGGAUCGGGACGUAAUGAGUGCAGCCCUCUAUCCACAAGUAACAGACGAGUAUCUCACAUUCCACGAUAGCUUUGGACCUGUCGAUAAGUUAGAUACACGAAUUUUCCUCACUGGACCCAAAGUUGGAGAAGAAUUUGAAGUCACUAUUGCGAGAGGAAAGACCCUUGGAAUUAAGACGUUGGCCAUGGCAGAAGAUUUAACACCAAAUGGCGAGAGAGAAGUAUUCUUCGAGAUGAAUGGACAGCUCCGAUCAGUUUUCAUCAAGGACAAGGAAGCUGUUAAGGAGCUGCACAUUCAUCCGAAGGCUGAUAAGAAUGUCAAGGGUCAGGUUGGUGCUCCGAUGCCGGGUUCGGUGAUUGACAUUCGUGUGGCGGUGGGAGACAAAGUAGAGAAGGGUGCAGCGUUGGUAGUGCUGUCGGCGAUGAAGAUGGAAAUGGUUGUGCAAGCCCCUGUCGCCGGUAUCGUCAAGUCGCUGGAUAUCAAACCCAAUAUGAAACUUGAAGGAGAUGACCUCCUAAUGACCAUUGAGUAAACAUGCAGUGUGUUCAAAUAUAGGGACACAGAGGAACAACUUACGCACCAUGUUAUCCAUGGCAAUUUUUCUAUCAUUUAUUUUCUAACUUGAUCGACUGAACGUUUUAUUUGCAGGGCUCCAUGACAGGAAAAAAGAAUGAAAAUAAGAAUUAUUACUCUUGAAGAAACAUGUUUCAGACAUGAAGAGAGAGAUAGGCAAAAUGUAUGAUACACAAUUGUGAGAUGAAAAGAUUUUCAUAUAUCAACUUAACAUUUUAUCUUAUUUGAUGUUUAAUUUCUGUAGACCCACUAAAUUAUGUUAGUAUUAAAUUUGGUACAAGGUUUUCCUCAGUUUAGCAUUGUAUUUCAUUCUGUGUGAAGAGAAUUUAAUUCAAUAAGUUUUCCGUCUCGUCCGCCUGAGAUUCAACUGUGAGGGAAAAGAAAUAAUCUUGCUCUCUUAACUUUUUACAUCCCUCCCCACCAUCUGAAGAAUUAAGUUGUACCUGGUUAGUUUCACAUGAGCUAGAUUAUGUUUUACAUUUUUUCUUCUUCUUUCAAAUAUAGAAGAACAAAAAUGUUCAAAAUUUAUUCCUCUGAGGCCAAAAUUUUGUAUCUUGAAAUAACAAUACUAUUAAACGCAAUAAAAUACUCUCAGGCAAUGUUGUUCCCGAUGACGGAGACAGGGAGUGUCUCUGAAACGUUGGACUGCUGCUCCAUUUUGACGCGGCUUGUCACCCGAGAGAAUGUUAUUGCAUUUAGUCACUACAAAAGCCUCAAGUCAUAUAAAAUAGAAAUAAUAGUACGUAAAGUUGUAUCUGACUUGUGUGCUGUAAGUUAUUGACAGAAGCAUUAGCGUUAUGAGACUAGUCUUCAACCUAAGAACAUGUAAUGUUUGAGUCACAAAUUGGAAACUUGCAUCAUGUUCAGUAUUAACUUUUACAGUGUUAACAACUCUGUAUUAUGGGGCUGCUGGCUUGACUUCAGUUCCAGGACUAACUGUUUAGCAGUAUAUUGCCGCAUUGCAUGGCCAGCGGGACCAUGUCUAAGCUGUGACACACAACAUAAAUAAUUCAAAAUUUUUCCCAUGAGUGUAUCAUAGAUUUAAUUUUUGUUUAGAAUAAUUAGAGAUUAUUUUCAAAGGUAUAAACUUUGGAUGCUGUCAUUUCUGCCAUAAAGUAGUCCCAUUUAAGUGCAAUAUGUUUACAAGUUAUUUUGUACAAUAAUUUGGGUAAUAAUUAUUGAACACCAUACAUUUACUUUUGAAUGUAUAUGCCCUAUAUGUCAAUUAUGAAUUUAAUUUUAAUAUCAAUUUAUUCUUGCUGUUGCUUUUUUUUUUUAACUUUAUAAAACGAAAGUAAAUAAGUUUCUGUUGAUGUCUUCUAUGGCAAAAGAACUAAAAUUACCUUUACAAAAUUUAAUUUAGUGAAGAGUAUUAUUUUUUUCAAUAGACAUUUGUGUCCAUUUAUUUAGCACUGAUUAUUCGGUGCUCAUGUCUGUUUCUUGCCCCACUGGCAUACUUCGAUGACUCACUAGCUACUCUUAUGACUAAAAAAUUACCAGAUGUAAAUCAAAAUAGCUUUCUUUUUAACAGCAGAUAUAGUAAUGUACAUAUACAGACAGGCUGUAACAAAUUUGAAAAUUAAAUUCAAAGAUAUUUUAAGGAGACAAAAUCAAGUAACAUGUCAACAAUGCAGCAAGUUGGGUAUUCUUUUCUUUAAAAUCUUAUUACUUUUGUUUAUACUGCUAUCAACAGCUCAGAAUACCCCCAGAGAGUCUUAAUAUUGCAUCACAGUAAACAAAACAGUUGCCUGCAUCUGCUGUGAUAAAUGAUUACAUGACAGAUGUAUAAAUGUAAUAUAAGGUUAUGUCUAUCACUCUUUGCAUAUUUUAUAUUUGCUUGUAUGUGGUAUAUUCAAUAUGUAAAAAGCUGUCCCACUAUGUUAUACAAAUACUAUAUAGAAACAUGCAGGUUACAUGCAGAGGUUAUGUUAAACUUUGAUGUUCCCAAUGCAUGAAUAAAUGGAUAUAUUUAUUAUUAUAAAGAUCAUAAAGAAUGAUGUUAUCACUAUUUUGCUAUGUUGUUGUAUAUUGAGAAUUGUAAAUUAUGGUUUAUGAAAUGUUAAAUCUUUCAGCAUGUACUAUUGUUUAGUUUUUUUGCAUCAAAUAUUUUUUUGUUUUAGUUUGUACAUAUAGACUUUGUAGGGUGAGGCUGUGAAGUUUAUGUUAUUGUUAUGUUAAUGCAAACUACGAGGUAACGUGUGCUAAUAGUAGUUAAACGCAUUAACAGAAAACUCUAUGGUUAUGGAAUAAUAUGGGUUACAAAAUGGAGAAUCUCUAAUGUAUGCUCAAAUAUUUUAAAGAAAAUAUCUGUUGACUGCUUAUGUUGGUCUAUAGCAGUGUUUCUCAAAACUGGGGUGGCAAGAUGUAAACUUGGGAAAGUAUGUAAAGUUAUUUUGAAUUCUAUUAUGUUUGUUUACAGAA